UUGCAUGUAUUUCUAUCUAUCUCAUUCGUAAAUUUAACGUUGCCUUUAAUCUGAAAUGAGAUCAUGUCAGUCUUCCCUCAGAAAAAAUUGAACGCAAGACAUUUCCUCUGUUCUUGGUGGGAUUGUUUUGAUUGAAACACUUCAUUUAACGAGGAAGUGUUGUUGGGCGUUUGCAGUGGUUGCGGCUGUAAGUGUGCUGUAGAAGUUUACUGUACUUUAAUGUUAAAUAAAGACUCUGGUGUUAGCUUAACAUACGUUAUCAUAGCAUAAUGAGGCCCACGAUUGGUGUUUUUCAGAUGUCUCACUGUUUUAUUGUGAUAAUGUAGAUUUAAGUGAAAAUUACAGUACUCCGUAGAAGAAAAUGAAAACGUGUUUAAUGUAAGAAACUCAAAGAAACGCUCUAACAACGUAUUAAGGUAGUUUCUGCAACUUGACAAUGUCACUCAACCACUUACCUGGGAUGGAGACUUCGGCCGUCUCUGUUCUGAAGAGAGCCGUGGAGUUGGACCAGAGUUCACGCUUUCAGGAGUCUCUGGUGUGCUACCAGGAAGGGAUUCAACUACUCAUGGAUGUCCUUAAAGCUGUGAAAGAUGAUUCCAAGAAAGUGCAUUAUAGGGAGAAGAUCAAGAAGUAUAUGGACAGAGCUGAACAGAUUAAAGAACAUCUUAAUAAAGCAAAAGAGGAGGGAAAAUAUCACGAACAGAUCAAGAUAUCAGACAGUGACACAGGAUUUAGCUAUGAAGUCCUCUUCAAGCCAUAUAUCAAUGAGGGCCUGACAGAGGUUUGGGUGGAGGACCCUUAUAUUCGCCAUAUUCAUCAGCUCUACAACUUCCUGCGUUUCUGUGAAAUGCUGUUGAAGGCCCCCUGCAAAGUCAAGAAAAUCCACCUUCUGACCUCCCAAGAUGAUGGAGACAGUUCUGCCCAGCAGGUCAGUGCCCUCAGUGAAAUCAAGGAGUCGCUUCAGAGCCAAAGUGUAGCCCUAGACAUCCAGUACUCCUCCACCAUCCAUGACAGGGAAAUCAGGUUUGACAAUGGCUGGAUCAUAAAGAUUGGUCGAGGACUUGACUAUUUUAAAAAGCCUAAGGGUAGAUUCUCUGUUGGAUAUUGUGAUUAUGACUUGAGAGAGUGUCACGAGACCUCUGUGGAUGUCUUUCACACAAAGCACACUAAGACAAGUUAGAGCUGGAUAACUACUUUGUGCCCUCUUACUUUUCUCAUUUUUAAAGACUAAGUGCCUUCUCAUAACAAUGCUAAUGAAAUGGCAUGUUAUGUUCCGGCUGAGCUGCAGUGCUCACAAAAACCACUCACAACCAAGUUACACGGGAUACCAUUUUUUUCAUUUUUUUUUUUUUUUUCAUUUUGCUCCUGCUAUCAUGAACCAAAUGGGCCACGGUGAACCAAUGUGCACCACAUAAUGGCUUAAUGUACGGAUUUAUAUGUAAUAAUGUCUUAAUGGUUACAACGUUGUAUUGUGUUUUAAAUGCUUUUGAUAUCUGUUGAUCUUUGGAUACUAAGGUUUAAUUUUAAUAAACUAUUCAACUGUU